AUGGCGGCCUUCUCCGAGUCGGGGCCAGUGUUCAAAUCACGAUGUGCCCAGGUCGGUUUGGCAUCUGCGGAUGUCGAAAAACUCGAGAAGGUGGGUGUGGAUUCACUCGCAAAGGUCGCUUUCAUGACGAGCUACACGCCGGGCUCUGGCGAUGACAAGGACCUCAUCGCGGCGUUCGAGUCGGCCCUCGGGACGCCGCCCUCUGUAGGGCAGAAAAGCUCCUUCCGAAGGUUAUUUCAUGAAGCAUAUGCUGUUACCACUUCGGAAAUGAAGAUGCUUGUGGAGCGGACGGAUGAAUCCAUCCCAAGAAAAUUGAGCGUCCCAGAGAGAUCCGAGCGGUUCGAGGUAGUGAGCAAACGCCUUGUGGGCCUUUCGAUCAAGAAUCGUCUUGAGCCUGCUGAUAGCCUCGUCGACUCCUUCGUGUCGCAGUAUGAGCAGGACAAGUUGCAGUUUGUCCCGUGGGAGAAGCUUGUUUCCAAAGAACAAGAGGCCUCAACAGGGGCAAAGCGAGAGCCUUUCUUCUCGCUGGACAGUACGGGCAAGCUCCGGUCGGAGACGAAGGUUGAGGUCCGUGCCGACACUAGCACGGAGCUGCUCUUGCAGCUCGCGCUUCAGAGGCGCGGCAUCGCUAUGGAAAUGGCGAACAUCCUUGACUACCAUCGUCACCACAUGUGGGUCGAGCGCCUUCUUGCAGCGCGCCUCGACGCACCUCCGUCGACGCACAUGCAGCCCACACUUGAUCAGUGUCAGCAGGCUGAUAGGAAGCUUUGGCAGCUUCUCGGAGAAGCGACUCGCUCAGGCAUCCAGCUCAAAGCUGGGGGGCGUCCAUUGGACACCAUCUUCGAGAGCACGUGGCAGUCACCAGAGGUGCUUCAUCUGCUUCAGCCGAUGCCUCGGGCAGCAGGCGAUUCAGUCACGCAGCAGGUGGCACCGCCGCCGAGGCCGCACGGGCCGGGCCCGUAUGAUCGUCCGGGCAAAGGCCGGAAGGGCACAGGGAAAGGUGCCAAGGGCACCAAAGGCAGCGGGAAAGUUCCUGCCGCUCUUGCGGGCUGCAGAUCUUGCACCAAUGCAGGUGAAAACAUAUGUUUUGGGUAUGGACUCAAAACGUGCAGGGAAACUGUGACUCGUGGUCGCUGCGUGCGCGGAUUGCACAUCUGCGCAUGGCCCAAGUGCGGCAAAUCGCAUCCUGCACUGGACUGUCCGAUGCGUGCUGAGGCUCUCAGCCAAAAGCAAGAGUGA